AUGGACCACCAGUGGACAUCGCAGGCACCGUCGCCCGAAAAAUCCUGCGAGCUCUACAUCCGCGACCAUCCGUCCCGCGCCAUCGCCAUCGUCUCGUCGACGCACGCCCUCAUCCUGCGGUACAGCGCCUCGGCCAGCGACAUCAUCCCUAAUGGCUCCUACACGUCGCUGCCGGUCACCAACAAGGCCUCUGUCUCCAAGUGCAUGGUCGAGUUUGCGCCCAUUACCAAGACGCUCCUGAAGGACUAUCGCCCCCUCACCCACCGGCCUAUCUACGGCACCCUCGGCCUGAUUACCGCGAAUAACGAGGUCUUCCUGUCCGUCAUCACCCACGCGACUCGCACGGCGACUGUUCGUCCCGGCGAAACGGUCGAAAAGAUUGUCAGCGUGGCAUUUUACUGCCUCAGCACCGACGAGUACGACGAUGUGGUGCCUCUCGAAUCCUACGAAACCGAAUCAUCCGAUGCCUCCUCGGUGUAUAGCACCCAGUCCUAUGGUCAGAGCCUCAGCCACCGUGAUUUGGUUGUCGAGCAUCCUUGCCAUGAGCUGCGCAAGAUUUUAAGCAACGGCUCGUUCUACUACAGCACCGAUUUCGACGUGACGAACCGACUCCAAGACCGUCCAAUCAACGCGGACUCGUUCCAUAUUGACAGCUUCAACGACAUGUACCUGUGGAACUCAUUCAUGAUUAGCCCUUUGGUCAAAUUUCGUUCAAGGCUGUUGCCGCAGGAGCGGGAGGCGCUGGACGAAUCCCGCAUUCUGACUUCUGCCAUUCGUGGGUUUUGCAAGACUAUGACAAUACCCCAGAGCGCCUCGCCGCUCAAAGGCAACAAUGGACGGGCAUCGUAUCUGACACUUAUAUCCCGCUUAUCUUGUCGCCGAGCCGGCACUCGCUUCAAUGCUCGCGGUAUCGACGACGACGGCCACGUUGCCAACUUUGUCGAGUCGGAAACCAUCUUUUGGAGCGCCACGGGCACCGUCUUUUCUUACGUGCAGGUUCGUGGCUCGAUUCCCGUAUUCUGGGAGCAGGCGGCCGAUUUGAUACCUGGGCGACAAAAGCUCACAAUAACAAGACAAGCGGAUGCUACACAGCCUGCCUUCAACAAGCAUUUUGAAGAGCUCGAAGCCAUGUAUAGUGCGGUGCAUGUCGUCAAUCUACUGAGCGAUACGAAGCCCGGUGAGGUUGAGCUGGGCAACGCCUACAAAACUGGCAUAAAGCAUUGCCCUUUGAGUCGCGCCCGUCCUGGCGGCGGAACAGAUGAUCACGCCAUGCUGCGCCAGACGCACUACGACUUUCAUGCAGAGACCAAGGGCCCUGGCGGUUACGAAGCUGCGCGGGAUAUACGUCGUCAUAUUGAGCAUUCAAUCGACGGAUUUGCGUAUUUCUUGGCAGAGGAAGCUGACGAUGAGAAGCGCCUGCGCAGCAAGGAAACGAGAAUGGUUGUCGUGCUGCAGCAAGAAGGCGUCUUUCGCACAAACUGUCUCGACUGCCUGGAUCGAACCAAUCUAAUCCAGACCCUGAUCUCGCAAAUGGCAGCAGAGGCAUUCCUCAGCCACCGCGGUGUAUACGCUGCUUCUGAUUUCUGGAUGCGUCACUCGACGCUUUGGGCCGACAAUGGUGACUCGCUGUCCAAGAUUUAUGCCGGCACAGGAGCGCUCAAGUCGUCAUUUACGCGGCACGGAAAGAUGUCGCUCGCCGGAGCUGUAGCCGAUAUGCGCAAGUCUGUGCAGCGACUCUACCACAACAACUUUGUUGACCCGUCGCGGCAAAUCACCAUUGAUAUGCUCCUGGGUCGAUUGAUUGGACAAGCGCCAGUGCACUUGUGUGAUCCCAUUAGUGACUAUAUCUCUGCAGAGCUUAAUAAGCGCAGUGAUGAAUACACAUCGUUUGAGAAUAUCAACCUGUGGGUCGGUACAUUCAACCUCAAUGGUAAGACAGAAGGCAUAGGCCAAGAUCUGUCGCCUUGGCUAUUUCCGCGGGACGUUGGCAAGGAUCUGCCUGAAAUCUAUGUCGUGGCCUUUCAGGAAAUUGUUGAGCUCAGUCCGCAGCAAAUCAUGAACAGCGAUCCGUCGCGCAAGUUUCUCUGGGAGCAGGCUGUCAAGAAUGCCCUGAACGAGCGCCAAGACAGGACCGGGGGCGAGCCGUACGUGCUUUUACGCAGUGGACAGCUGGUCGGUGCGGCAUUGUGCAUUUUCGUAAAGGCAUCGAGCCUGCCUAAUAUCAAAAAUGUCGAAGGGAGUGUCAAGAAGACGGGCAUGUCUGGCAUGGCGGGCAACAAGGGUGCGGUGGCGAUUCGACUAGAUUAUGCCAAUACGCACAUCUGCUUUGUCACAGCCCAUUUGGCGGCUGGGUUUGCAAAUUAUGACGAGAGAAAUAGAGAUUAUGCAACGAUCCACCACGGGUUACGAUUUCAGCGUAACCGUGGCAUCGAUGACCACGAUGCCAUCAUCUGGCUCGGUGAUUUCAACUACCGCAUUGGAUUAGGUCUCGACAUUGCGCGUUCGUUGGUGCAGCAACGGAAUCUGUCAAGGUUGUAUGAAAAUGACCAGCUGAAUCUACAAAUGGUUGCCGGACUGGCGUUUCCGUUUUACUCGGAAGCACGUAUCAACUUUAUGCCUACAUACAAGUUUGACGUGGGAACCGAUACCUAUGACAGCUCUGAAAAAGCGAGAAUACCGGCAUGGACAGAUCGCAUUUUGCGGCGAGGCCAGAACUUGCGACAACUCAGCUACAACUCGGCACCGCUGCGCUUCUCGGAUCACCGGCCUGUGUACGGCACGUUUGAGUGCACAGUCAGCAUUGUCAACGAGAGGCGGCGCGAGGCCAUAAGCGCGGAGCUGUACGAGCGGCGCAGAGCGGAGCUCGGCGAAACCGGGGGCUCGGUGCUGGACCUGGACACAGAAGAUGAGGAGCUAAUCGGGUUCGACCCGGUAGAACCUGGCCUGCCGGCGGCCAGCUCGGACCGGCAGAAGUGGUGGCUGGAUAACCGGCAGACGGCACGGGCGCAUAUUCCUAUCCCGACGGGCAGCAACGGGCAGCCGAUGAGCCUCAACCCGCAGCGGGCGUCAAACCCGUUUACGCCGAGCGACGAGCCCGACUGGGUGGCGGUAUCGAGGGCCUCGCCGGGGGCGGCGAGUAGCCUCUCGAGCUCGCCGUACGAAAAGGUGCAGAUGCCGCGGCGCACGGUGCCGUCGGACGCGGCAAGGCUGCCGGCGCAGAUGGGCAAGCUGGCCAUGGCGGACGAUCAGGCAUCGAUGAUGUCGCUGCGGAGCACAGACUCGGAGCGUCAGCAGGCGCCGCCGCCGCCGCCGCCGCCACGACGACGCGGUGUGGGACAGCAGCCGUCCGCGACGCCAACCACCGCUUCGCAGCUCCCGGCACGGCCAGAAUCGUCGUUGUCGCAGCAGUCUCAGACCAAGGAGGGCGGGGGAAACAAGCCGCCUAUUGCGCGGAAGCCAGCGCAUCUCGCGGGAGCAUCACCAGUGGCAGCGCGGAGCCCAACGCAGCAGCACCCGCCGCUGCCUCCUAGGGGCGAGGCAUCGCGGAAGCCGCUGCCGCCGCCUACAGAGUCGCUGAUAUAG